AUGAAGAAGACCAGCCUGGACCUCCAAAAGCCAACAGCCAGGAGCACAGUGUCUGGUGCACCGAAGGAGCUCAAUUCAAUUAAACUGACUCAUAGAGGCUGCAUCGCUUGCCCUGUAACAGGCAGCUCCUCCAAGUUCAGCGCCGAGGCGGGUCGAGCCCAGAAGCGAGGACCUGGGUGGUGGGGGAGGGUGGGGGCGCGGGGCCGCCAGGCAGCCUCUCCACCGGGCGCGCCGUCCCUCGCCGGAGCCCCAGACACAAAGGCGGGGCCGCGAGCCGGCUCCCCGCUCCGGGAAGAGCCUCCCGACUCGCGGCGCCGCGCACUCACCCCAUCCAGGCGGCGGCGGCAGCUCCCGGGCCGCGCUGGCUGCGCCACUCGGCCCGCCGCUUCCCCAGGAAAACGCGGCCGCCGGGCUCGCUUCCUGCUCGGCUUCCUGCGCCUCGGUCCCUCCUCCUCCCCCGCUGCGGGGGUCAGUGGGCGCCACGGCUCCCGGGCUGGGCCGGCGGGGCGGGGGCAGCGGCAGCACCACCACGUGGCCGCCCGGCGCCGGCCCCCGCCGACCUGGAUCCAGCGGGAGCGAGAAGGGAGGUGCUCGCCUCUCCCCUCCCCUUCCACCCCGCGCGGCCCCAAAUUCCGCGAGUCAGGUGACCCGGCCCCGCGCUGCGGCCGGGACCCGCGGGGGGUGCUGCGGGCGUUCCCUGCGGACUUUUCGUUUUCCCGGGAUCGUGGACCCUUCACCGCGGACGUGUCCCAUCAGCAUCACCGUCACCUGAACUUACUGGGAAACACCCGUGCUCGCACCCCCGGGUUUGGGACGCGUGAGAUCCCGAAUAGUAUUCAUUUCUGGCCAACCUCCAAAGUCGUCUGUGGUCGUGGGGCUGUGCCAAAAGUCACCGAUCCAAGCGCCCACUUAACCACAGUCCAAUCGGCAGGUCAGUCUCAUACCAACAAGAUUCCAGACUCCUGAGAGGGUUGCCAUCCAGGAUCCAUGAAAUUCAUUGAUUGCAGGUACAGAGUUAAGGCAGAAGGACUACAUCAAGAGGAUGUCCACUCACUUCUUUGUCAGGGGAUCUGAUGUGUACUGGGACCAUCUUCAGCAGGAGUACGUAACUGGAAUCAGAGGUUAAGAUGCCCGUUAGGCAGAAGGAGUCGGAUGGCUACAUUUGCCCUUGAGAAGACCUGAGGAAGAAGUUUGACAUGGAGGAGUCUUGUUUAAGGAAUCCUUUAAGGGGUUUCUGAAAGGUGUAAAAAUGAAGUUUAAUGGACUCACACCUGGACAAGAGUGAGAAAGGUGAAUCUCACUAACAUGCUAAAAACACCUCCAAAUUAUGCAAAUCAUAAUACAGACACUAUACUUUGUUUGAAAGUAUGUUUCUCCAAGUGUGAUUUAGGGAUUCGUCCACAGGAAUUAUGACUCUAUCUCCAGUGGGUCAGUCAGAAAGUCUGCAUGUUUGGGGCGCUUGGGUGGCUCAGUUGGUUA